UGAUGUUUUUGGCCGUCCACUCUUUCGCGUCCUUUUCGCCGACCGACUGAGAUGUUCUUUCGCGACCGCGAGCCAACCAGUUGCGUUUGAACCGUGACCGCGAACGGACGUGUCGAAUCUCGAAUCGAAAGUUUCUUCGUAGUGCUAUUACUAUCGCGUUUCGAAUAGCGGCGAGAACGUGAACCACGACGACCAGUUUUGACUACGAUUUGGUGGAACGAAAAGUGAGAAGUUUAAAUUUCAAAAUAAAUUUGAGUGAACUGAAGUAAACAGCUGGACGCAGGUUUAAAUUGAGUUAGAAGAGGUGUUGGACUACUGGAAUCCAUCAACGUGAGGGGUCGGCAUUGUUUUUUUCUUCUCAUUUUUCCUCACGCCCAAUCUGGUGCUAAAGAUCUGAUUUUCCGACUGCCCAAAAACUGAACGCCGCCGAAGACGGGAAGAACCCUUCCUGUGUGAGAAAAUAAAUUAGUAUCAAGAAGAAGGAGGGAGCAGACCUGGUCGGGAAAUCCGAGACUUGAGUUUUAUUUCCUUUCAACGUGAAGUCAUCGCGACGAUGAUGACCAUGUCAGGCCAAAUGGAUCAACGCUGUCCAAACAUUUGCUGAACCACUCCCUUCGUUGCUACGAGUUUGCUGGAGCUGCUGAAAGCUCUAAACUGUGAAGCUUUUUCUCUUUCCACGUGAUUGAUAAGGACACAGGUGUUUGAGGAAGUGGCAAGUUGAUAGACUAUAAAAACCGGAACAAGAUGGGUGCGCCACCUGCCAAGAAGGCGCUGGUCAACAGAAACCUUAUAUCGCUCAAGCUUGUCCUAUUUCUGUUCUACGCGGCCCUAGGAUGUCUUCACCCCUAUCUGACGAAGCACAUGGCCCUCACCGGUCUGAACUACAAGGAGUCGCAAAUCAUCUCUGUGGUAGCGCCGCUGAUCGCGAUCCUUGGCCCGCUGAUCUUCGCUCCGCUGGCGGAUCGUCUCGCCGGAACCAACGGAUCCUCGUACGGCAAGCGGCUGCGCUUCCUGGCCUCGUUCUGCAUGAUCGUUUCCGCCAUCCUGUACUCGAUCCUGUUCUUCGUGGUACCUCCGGUUGAGCGGCAUGAAUCUAGCCGCUCGCAGGUCAGCUUCGCGUGUGACCUGGACGGAGCGAUCAUCUUCCAGCAGCGGUGUUCCGAGGAGCGUACCUGCUACCAGUGGAAACGGGAGAAGAUUGGUCACCUAACGCUCACCAACUGCUCGUACACCUGCCAGAAGCCGAUCGAGUUCCAGAACCUGAACCACCCCUACACCAAAGGCGUAACCGUGGGUCCCUCGACAGAGAGUUCCCUCGAGGACGACGACUACAUCUUCAACGAGGACGACGUGGACGUUGCGCCCGAAAACCUAGCCCUGCCCCAACCCCAAGUCGACAACACCCCCAUCCCGGUCCCGCACAUCUGCGAGCGCAAGGGCGGACCCGAAAGCGAGAUCUGCCACGCGUACACCAAGGCCACCGAAUCGCUCAAGUUUGAAACGAUCCUGCGCAGCGCCGUCAACGAGGAGAACGAAACGCACAGCGCCGAGUGGUGCCGCUACCCGCUGGACGGCUUCUCCUGCAACAUCCCCGAGAAGCAGGUCGUCUGGAUGAAGCUGCUGAUCAACUCGUCCAACUGUACGCCCAAGAUCGAGUGCGAGGUGCACGACCCGUACGGCAGCGACGAGAGCGUGCUGGCGGAGAGUGUCUGCAUGAGGAUUGUCGGAGACCCGGAGCUGACCUUCUGGUCCUACCUUUUGGUGCGAUCAUUUGCGGACGCAUUCCCACUUGCCGCGAUCGUUCUGCUAAACGCGGCCACGAUAAUCGCGACGCGUGAAACCUCAACAGGUCGUGGAGACUUUGGUCGGCAAAUCGUUUGGGGUGCGAUCGGAUGGGCGCUGUUCUACUUUGUGCUGUCUUGGGUCUUUGAGACGUACUACGUGUACAUCGUGUUGGUUGUCCUAGCCGCGAUCGUGCUGCUCGUGUCAUCCGGCAUGCCGUUGACUCCGCCGGAGAUGUGGUGGCACACCAAGUGCGGCAUGGUAGCUAUUCCCAUGUCCGCCAUCCGACGAUACGUCCCGGAGGCAGCUGGUCUCUGCUUGGUCACGCUGAUCCUGGGUACCUUCUGGAGCGUCCUCGAUAACUACGAAGGAGUUCUGGUCAAGAACUUUGAGGUACACCCCAUCAGCGAAGAGUACUACGGAACGACCUGGAGCGUGUUCGUCAUCCUGGGUGCCCUGCUCGUAAUCCCGACCCUCUGGUACGCCGAGCCCAUCGUCGACUACUGCGGCCACUCGAACGUCCUGAUUGCCGCCAUCACCACGUUCAUCUUCCGCUUCGCUCUGCUCGCUAGCCUGGACGUCACCUGGUGGCGCGUCGUGAUCGACUUCCUCUACCCGGUAUCCCUCGGACUGACCUGGCUGACGAUCGUGUUCUACAUGCGCCACAUUAUCCCGCGCCGCAUCAUCACCACCGGACAGGCCCUGCCCGUGAUCUUCCACUUCUGUCUGGGCCGAUUCCUGGGCGCCCUGAUUGGAACGUGGACCCAGCUGGACUGCCUGAUCACCUCCUUCCAGGCGCUAGCGAUCACGGCUUGCGCCGUUGCCGUCAUCUAUUUCCUCCUGUACCACCUGGUUCUCGCUCCACGUUGCGCCAACCGACUCAACACCGCGCCAUCCGGGUCUACGCUGCACAUUACCGCGCCGGACUCGAACGGCCACCAAACGCAGCAACAGCAACCCCUGCAUCCCUCGAACGGUAGCUACCAACCGCUCCGAAUCUACCACAACUACCGCGGCCGAAAGGGACACUUUAGAUAUUAGGGUGGUUCGUAGUAACGAUUAGUACAUGAAUAAGAUGAGGCAUCUAGUCUCCGUCGGUUAGAGCAGCAAACUCGAUCGCUCGUGAGUAUCGUUGUAGCGCAGACAAGUGGACGUGAAACUUUUCAAGGGGUGACAUCUUGCGGGAGAAAAAGUAACCUUUUGCCACAUUUGUUUGGAGACGGGUUUCGCAAGAGUACCAAUCUACAAAGUAACCACAAGCACUAAAUCAGUGAGAAAGUUCUACUCUGAAGGAUUACAAAUUACUGGAUUCGAUCAGUGCACGGAAAAAAAAUGUUCGCAAAACUCGAACAAACGAACAUAAAACUGGUAGCUAAACAGUAAUCAGUUCUAUUUCAUUGUACGUUUUCGUAAAAAGCGUUCUGUGAAUUUUGAAGAAAUCCUUUUUGUUUCCCAGCUUCAUAUACGUUAGUUAACGAUUUGGCGAACUGAUUUUUUUCAGUGUGACAUUGAAAAUUUAAGUUUGGAACAAAUGUUCAAACAAAUGUGCCAUAAGAUUUGUUUAGAAUCUCAGAAUUUACUAUGUUUUCAUUUCACUGUUUCCCUAAAUCUUGGAGUCCAACGACAAAGAGAAUGCAAAAAUGUCAACUUUGACAGCUUUAAAAAGUUGUACGCCCACUUGUCUGUGGCCCCCUUUUAGUUAAGCAGCACACGCAAAUUUGGUACCAAAAUGUACACUCACAAAACGAAAACUACUGAGCAAAUCCUCUCGAAACAUAGAUUAUUUAUUAAAUAGUGUGUUCUGCUCUUCUCCCACUCAAAGUGAGGCUACGCGCGAAUCGUGACAGCCAAAAUGUCGUUCCUGCCACACACAAACACACACACACGGGGAAAACAUUGUUGAAGUUCGUAUUGUAUUAUUUUUAAAUUAAAUUUUAUCUCAAAUAUAUAUUUUAAAGAAAACGUCCAACACGAAAACGUUCAAGCCAAUAGAAUAGGUUUUUUUCCGUCUUGUCGUUAAGGUUCGAUGCGAGAAUUUUUUUUCUGUACAACUAAUUAUCUACGCUUAUACUUUACUAAAAACUCAAUCGUGUAAGGUUUUGAUUAAGGAAAAUCUGCAAACACUGGAAGAAGCUACAAUAAAAACACCUUAAAACUAAAUAGCCACACAAUAAAAAACAAAAAAUACAAUUGUUACAACCCAAAAUUGAUAAGUGUACCUUGCAAAGCGUCAAAUAAAAAGCAAACAAACACAGAGCUUACAGAACCGUGACACAGCUGUUGUCGGGAAAAAGUUGAAACAUUUCAACGGAAAGCACAAAACCGGCAAGUGGGAAAAGUGAAGCUUACAAAACGCGCUCUCGCCUUAGUGAAUGUCUUUCGCGAAAGUUCAAUCACGCAAUCACGUGUCGAAAUCGGAUAACCUGAUAUUAUAAAAUUCACAACAACAAAAAAUAACUACAAAUUCUCGUUACAGCAACAAUCAAAUACUCGUCUAUUGGAGAGAUCGGCCCAGUGAUGUUAUACAGACAGACAGGAUUAUAAAAUUGAAAUAUUUACGAAAGUCAGGAAAAAAGGGAUGAAAUAAUGUAUACAAAAUCGCCAGUUUAUCACAUACAAUCCGUAGUGUUUUUACUGUUUCCACCUUGAAAAAAAAGAAAAUAAUCUGUGCUAAAAAUGUCAACGUUAAUAUCGACGCAAAUCAAGCAGACACUCAAACCGUGUUAGUUCUAUAUAUUUGUAAAUAAAAUUUACGCUAAAUUAAAAAUA